UCAACAAACAACCAAGAUAUUGACUUGUAUCUUAAGUGGGACACCCUGUAGGUAGCUCAAAUUAUUAUUGACUAUUUUAAUUUUUAAAUUUAUGUUCUAGUUUUAUUAAAUAAUGCAUUUCUGUGUAGCUAUCUAUAUCUACAUACUAUAAAACAGAUAAUAUAUCUGUAGAUGUCUAAUAGUAAUUUAAAUUACAUCAAGAUAUGUAUUUUCAAGAAUAGCAUCUCAAUGAUUUAUCAAUACUAAAUGUAACCCAUCCUUCUAAAGACAAUAUAAUCCAUAAGUGUAGGUUUUAUACAUUUUUUUGAUUCCCUAUUUCCUUAAAGAACAUUUAUAAGUGUUUUACAAGAUAGAUAAAUAUAUUCCUAAAAGAAAUACAAUAAUGUUAACCAAUUUGACUGGAUUUUGUGCCAAAAGGAAACGAAAAAAACAAAAAAUUGUACAAUCUUUUUUAUAAAAGCUUUUUUAUACAGCAAAGUUUUAUGCUCAAGUAUUAUAAAAAUAUGGAUUUGUUAAGUAUUUUUGAAUAUACAAAAUCUACAAGCAGUAUCAGAAGUAAAAAGAUUUCAAAUAAUAUGUUUAAAAAAUGCUGUAUAAAGAAACUAAAAAUCAAAUGAACAUAAAUAUUGGAUAUGUUACCAUAACAUGUUGAUUUUAGAAAACUUUACAAACUGACCAAAUAAUAGAAAAAGAGAGAGAACUACACUGACCAUAUCAUAUAGGUCUUAGAUGUAGAGUAAGAUCUAAUCACGUUUUGUGUGUUAAUUUAUUUUAGUUCUAUAAACAGGUAUUCUUAUUUCCAUUGCCAAAAGCCAUAUCACACAAAGUUUCACACAACAUUUGUUUAGGGUAAAUAAAUUCGGGGCAUUUUUUAAUUAGCCUGUUAUUAUUAUCUAAGAGUAUUUAUAUUUGUGGUACUAGCAGCUUUUUCUGUAAUUUGUAAAAACAUACAACCUUGCAUUUUUGUAUUGUAAUAUUUAUAACAUAUUUUUUGUAAUUGUUUGAAUUAUACAUAUUUUAAUAUUGUAUUUGACUUAAGAAAUACAUUUUAAAACCAAUUUUCUUGAUUUCCUUUCAAUUUUCCCUUUAUACUUAUAACAUUGAUUAGUAAUGUCACUGACAGUUACUGUCAAUAGUAUUAACAAAAUUAUUUGUGUAAAAGAUGAGCUAAAUUCCUGUUAAAAUGUCGCAUUAAAUAAAAAAUGCUUCCUCAUUCUAUUUCAAUAAAUCAUGGCAAAAGAACUAUUUUUAAGGCAAUCGGAAGAACAGACUUUGGCAGCGAGAGGUUAUCGACUUUUAAAAAAACUGGGCGAAGGUUCUUACGCAAAUGUUUACCUAGCAGAAUUUUUUACAACUUCAGAUGAUAAGCAGAACAGGUUCUUAGCAUGUAAAAUAGUGGAUGUAUCAAAGGCUCCAAAAGAUUUUGUGAAGAAAUUUUUGCCUAGAGAGUUGGAUAUCUUAGUCAGACUGAACCAUCCCCAUAUUAUACACAUCCACAGUAUCUUUCAGAGGAAAACAAAAUAUUUUGUAUUCAUGAGAAAUGCUGAAAAUGGCGAUUUACUAGAGUACAUUUUAAAAAAGGGUCCAGUCUCUGAAGCUCAAGCAAGAGUUUGGGUAAGGCAACUUGCCCUUGGUAUUCAAUAUCUUCAUUGUAUGGAUAUAGUUCAUAGAGAUCUUAAAUGUGAAAAUUGUUUGAUAACUUCAAAUUAUAAUUUAAAACUAGCCGAUUUUGGAUUUGCAAGGUUUACUGUUGAUAGUUCAGGAAAACAAAUGCUGAGCAGCACUUACUGUGGCUCUCUAUCGUAUGCCGCUCCUGAAGUUCUAAGAGGCAUGCCUUAUUAUCCUAAGAUGGCAGAUGUAUGGUCCUGUGGGGUCAUAAUAUAUGUAACAUUAAACAAGGCAAUGCCUUUUGAUGAUACUAAUGUUAAAAAACUUCACGAGUUACAAAUUAAUAAAAGAUGGAAAUUUCGAUCCAAAGUUGUGGACUCUCUGUCAGACCAAGUUAAAUACUUGGUUACACGUUUACUAGAACCAGAUAGUAAUAAACGAUGGAAAAUUGAAAAAGUAGUUGAUUCAGAAUGGAUAGCUAUGGAUGCAAGAUUCAAAACUAUGAGUAAAGCAGAGGAUACUGCUCUGACUCAAGCCAAUGCUGAAAGAAAAACUUACAUUGAGGGUGCCACUAAAUAAUUGGAGUAUUUAAUGCCUAUAUUACUAUUGUCUUUCUAUUUUAGGAUUAAA